AGCGGUCUAAAGGUUUGUACUACGUCGAAAGGUAUGCAGAGAAUAGUAUUGGGUAUGGUAUAAUGUCGCGAGAUAAAACGUUAAUGGCACUGGAUAGUGUGUGUUAUGGAUUGGGUCACCUUGUCUUUAGUUGAGGUAAACCUUAGACACACAAUUUACAACCAAAGUUUUAUGUUAACAGACGUUUGAAUUCAGUUCCGUAAGCCUUUUUAAGCAUUUGAGAAGGGUAGUAAAUUAUUCUUCUUGAACACGAUCUACGUGUAACGAAAAUACCGAUUGGAGUAAGAUCAGUUUAUCUCGUAUUUUUUUCUCGCGUCAAUGCGUGUAAGUUUUGACGUAACAAAUGCUAUAAAUGGGAGCGCUAUUUCAAAGUUUUACCCACUCGUUAUACGGUUUCGUCAUAACGAAUCAACAAAUACUUAACAUUUUCGAGUUAUUUACAGGAGUGAGACAAGUUGCUGUCAGCAAAUCGACAUGUCUACCAAAAGUUCCCGCUCGUCGGAGAAAGGUGCUGAGUAUCUUAAUUAUGCCUUUGACGAAGUAUCAUACGGCGAUAGCAAGUCUCCAAAUGAAACAACAGUUGCGGAUAAUUCUAAUCCAUCGAUCAUAAUACAGGCAGAAACGAAUGAUCAACGAGAGAAUUGGGAUAGCCCAGUAGAGUUUCUUCUAUCUUGUAUUUCAAUGUCUGUUGGAUUGGGUAACAUAUGGAGGUUUCCGUUCGUGGCUUACGAGAAUGGUGGAGGUGCCUUUUUGGUCCCUUACCUAAUAGUACUGGCUUUCAUUGGACGACCGCUCUAUUUUCUAGAGAUGGUCUUGGGACAGUUUUCCAGUUCAGGAUCUGUUAAAAUUUGGGAUUGCGUUCCGAUUGCUAAAGGUAUCGGAUAUGGGCAAGCGCUGGCUACCUGGUGUGUCGUCACAUACUACUGCGUCCUGAUGGCGCUGUCCUUCUUCUACCUCUUUGCGUCAUUUCAAGCCGUGUUGCCCUGGACGGAAUGUGACCCAGAAUGGGCCACUGAGAAUUGCUACAGUACCACAGCUAAUCUAUCGGGUUACAACCUAACGAGCGAGAAUGUAUCUAGUGCAGAAGAAUAUUUCAAGAUUUAUGUGUUGAAGAAGAUUCCAAAUAUGGAUUCUGGUUUGGGUGUUCCUGAUUGGCGUCUAACUCUCUGUCUUUUACUUUGCUGGAGUUUGGUAUUUGCAAUGCUAGCUAAAGGAGUUUCUUCAUCAGGAAAGGUCGCCUACUUUACGGCUAUCUUCCCUUACGUUGUGCUUAUCACGCUGCUAAUAAGAGGAUGCACUUUACCUGGGGCAGGCGAUGGUAUCUUAUACUUUAUCACACCUGAUUGGGAAAAAGUCUUGACACCAGAUGUGUGGUAUGCAGCGGUAACUCAAUGCUUCUUCUCUUUGUCUGUGGGUUUCGGACCAAUUUCUACAUUUGCGAGCUACAACCCAUUCCGCCAUCCAAUUUAUAGGGAUUCAACAAUAGUUAGUCUCGCUGACACUUUUACGAGUAUUCUAGCUGGAGUUACGAUUUUCGCAAUUCUCGGUAAUUUAUCUUAUGAAACAAAUCAACCUAUUGAGAAUGUCGUCGAAGGAGGUACUGGAUUAGCGUUCAUAUCCUACCCGGAGGCUAUCUCGAAAUUUGAAUCUGUACCCCAGUUGUUUUCCGUGCUCUUUUUCUUAAUGCUCAUAACACUGGCUAUUGGUAGCGCCGCUGGACUUGCUGGAUGCAUUAUUACUAUCCUCUGUGACGAUUUGCCACAUAUUCCACGUUGGAUUAUUACCGCAGUCGUUUGCGCGGCCAGUUUCCUUAUUGGACUUGUCUACGUUACACCGGGAGGCCAGUAUAUUUUAGAUCUGGUGGAUUACUUCGGUGGUGGAUUCAUCAUUUAUGUCAUGGUGAUUGCCGAAACCAUUGCUGUAUGUUGGGUCUAUGGUCUUGAGCAAAUCGUUAAAGAUAUACGUUUCAUGUUGGAUUUUGGUCUGGGAAUUUAUUGGAAAUUAACUUGGUGCAUUUUCAUUCCCAUUGCGCUUGCGGUCAUUUUCAUUUAUGCAAUGGUUGUCUAUGAACCGUUAAAAACGGAUGAUGGGGAACCGUACCCUCCUUCAGCCAACGCCGCUGGAUGGCUAGUGGCUGCCAUUGCUAUUCUCCAGCUUCCAAUCUGGGGUGCUUAUGUCGUUCACAAACAAAGUGGAGCAACUUGGAUUCAGAGGUUUAAAACCAGUCUUCUGCCGGCAGAAGAAUGGGGACCAAAAGACUCUGAAACCAAGCAGUUUUGGUUAAACUACAACAAGCAGUAUGUGCGCUUCAGUUGGAUUCCCAAUCCAAAGUGGCUUAGCAACUGUAAAGCACGUUGAAGUGUUUGUAUGAUAGAAGCUCUUGUUAAUUUACUUCACACAUAAUGCUAGUGCUCAAAACUAUAGCGUUUAAACCACUUGUUAAUAGCGUUGAAUUAUAGAGAUGAAGUAUCAAAUGGAUAAUG